CACGCCGUGUGGUCACCAUAGCAACGAGACGCCAUGCUCCUUUAGUUUCCCGUUCAUGACUGAGCCUAAAGCCUGUUGUAGCAGAAGUUGGCUUUAUCGAUAAUUUCACGACACUAUACAUUAUAAGUGAGGUGCAAUUUAGGGGACACUUCCUCAGAGUAUCCGCCAGCACAACCACAAAUAUUCAACAGGCCGAAGAUGCCUUUGCUGGUGACAGACUUCUCCUGGACGCAGACGGAGUCGAUGGUUUACAUCAGUGUGCCUUUAAAAGGAGCCACAGCCGGAAAAGUGGACAUUCUGUCAACAGAUGAAUACAUCAAGGUGCAUUAUCCACCAUAUCUGUUUGAAGCCUUCCUGUUUGAGCCUGUUGAUGAUGCCAGUAGCACAGCAAGGGUUGGAAACGGAGCUGCAGUGAUCAGUUUGCCAAAGAAGACCCCAAAACUAUGGGAGCAUCUGAUGAUAGAUACAAAUGAUAAAGAAACAAAGAAGGGGAUCAGAGAGAGGGCGCUGUGGAGAUACCAGGAGAAGCUGUCUUCAGAGUCCAAAUCCAAGGCAGAAAAACAGCAUGCAGAGAAAAAAUAUGCACUGGAGACGAUGAUGAAGCUUGAAAAGGAGGAAAGAGACGGUAUCCAAAAAAUGAAGGACACUGAGCGAGAGAGAACCACAGCAGAGCUGGCAGUGUGGCAGCUGAGGAAGAGACAAGAGUUAGAAGAAGAAGAAACCCAACUUAAACUCCAGAGUCAGAGAGAAAGUCAUGACAAAGCGAAAGCUGGGACAAAACAGUGUUCAAGUGGAGUGAAGGUCAAACAGAAUCCAAGAAGCAACAGCGCAAAAGACAGCAAGAAAAAGCAAGUGGACCUGCCUGCCCCAAGAACUGCUGGAAACAUUCAAGUCACAUUUACUCCUCGAGUUUUCCCAACAGCCCUCAGGGAAUCAAGGGUUCAAGAGGAGGAAGAGUGGCUUCAAAGACAAGCUGAAUCAAGGCGUGCAUCAAAUUCGGAUGUAGAGGAGCUGACAGACCUGAAGGAGGAGCAGAGGAACCCAGACUGGUUAAAGGAUAAAGGAGACAAAUGUUUUGCCACUGGGGACUACCUCGGGGCAGUGAACGCAUACAGCCUGGCUAUCAGGCUCAACAAGAAGAUCCCAGCUCUGUUUUCAAACAGGGCUGCAUGUCAUCUGAAGUUAAGAAACCUACACAAGGCCGUUGAGGACUCCUCUCAGGCCCUUGAUCUGUUGACUCCACCAGUCGCUGCAAACGCAGCUGCCAGAACCAGAGUUCAUGUCCGCAGAGGAUCUGCUUUCUGCCAGCUGGAGCUCUAUGCAGAAGGGCUGCAAGACUACCAAGCUGCUCUAAAGAUUGACCCCCACAGCGAAGCACUGCAGGCUGACACACAGAGUAUCAAAGACAUUAUUCAAGGAACUGCAGACUGAGACACAGUGAGACUCUCAGUAACAAGUUUGAUAACUGAUAACUGAUAACUUAAAGUUGCUGCAUGUCUUUAACCAUACAGUCUGUUUUAUUAAAAGUCAGAAAGGUUCUGUCAGCUUGUUCUUAAA